AUGAUCGAAGAGGAGGACGAUUUGGAGGACGAUUUGGACGACGAGUUUAAGCUCGAAAGAAGCGAUGAAGAGGACGAGGUGAUGGGUUCAGGCGAAGACGACGUCGAGGAACACUCAGAAGAGCUCGAGGAAGAAGAGGUGGAAAGAGAAGAAGAGAAAGAAGAAAAGGUAAACGAGGAGGCGAAAGAAGCUAACGAACAAGAACAACAACAACAACAAAAAGAACAGCGCGAGGCAACGACUUCUGCGCCUCGAAACGCGGAAUUGAUACAGCCGCGAAAUUUACAGAUCGCGCUCACGAAAGUCGUCGCGCGCGGCGAAGAAGAUUUUACGAAUCCGGCGAGCGCAAACGCCAUCAAGAGGAAAGUUUUACCUCCGACGCCGGGGAAUACGCCGGUGGAAAUGGCGGUAGAAGGUGCAGAAAAGGUUAACGCGAUGACGAAGGAACAAUCGAAAACAUCGUCGUCGAAUUUGCUUUUGAAGCAACGCUCGAUGUUACCACCGACGAUGACUUCGCCGUCGAAGAAGAAGCGCCGAGGCGAAGGCGGUAAGGAAAACGCGGCGAAACCGAGAUCUGCAGAGGAUCUUCCCAUCCCCACUAACACCGCGACCGCCGUAGCUACGAAAGGGAUGAAAGAGAGUACCAACGCCCCAAAGUCAUCUCCGCAGGUUCCGCCAGUCGAAACGAACGCUAACCGUGAUUGUUUGGAGGACGAGAAGCGUUACGCCGCGGAGGCUAUCGAUCUCACCAGUCGAUUGGAGAAGUUACUCGACGAAGCUAAAGAACUAACAAAUCGAAGCACGAACACGGCAUUGCAAUUAACCGUGGCGUCGUGUGAAUUUCAUUUCGCGGUAAACCCGGCAAAAAUAAAACAGAUUAAAGAGUAUACGAAACAGGCGGAGGAGAUUCUCGCUCGAGAGGAGUUGCGCAAACCGAGGGUAAGCGCAACGGCGGCGAAAAAGUAA